GAUACUGGGGAUCUGAAUCUUAAUUGGUUAACUUCCUCAUUAGAUUGUCUUAAAUCAGCCUAUAUUGAUCUGAACUUAGCCCAAUGGAUUUCCGAGCCCACACGUCUGAAUGUAAAGAAUCCUACUAAAUCAACCCUGAUUGAUCUCAACCUUACAAAUAAUCGUCAUAAAUACACAACUUGUGGAGUUUUUGCUAUGGACCAUUGCCCCAUAGUCUGUGUCAGAAACACAAAGUUUCCCAAGACUAAACCCGCCUUAACACUUACACUGUAAAACCAAAUCUUUAGGAUCUGAACACAUAACUAAACACUUUUCUGUAACAUGACCUUGACCAUUCAGGCUUGUCUAGUGUUAAUAAUAUUCCGGAAGCUGAACUGGCUCUAGAACAAUUUUCGAGUAUAUUUAUUGAUGUAUCUGACAAACAUGAUCCUAUGAAGAGAUUAGGAAUUAAAGACAGACUCAACCCUUGGUUCAUGCCUGAACUUGCUGAGUUGUUCCAGCUAAAGAAUAAAGCUUGCUCUGAGGCCAGACACACUAGUAGCUCUGCUGUCUGGCUUACCUUCAGGCAACUUAGAAACAAAUGUACUGCAUCCAUAAAAAGGGCUAAGUCAAGUUAUUUCUUAAAGAUGCACUAUGCAGUAAUUGCUCCACCAUUUCCUGGUUGUGAAAAUUCUAAUAGUUUGUCUAAUUUCAGUUUAUGUGACAAAACAAGCAAGUAUAGUGUAGAAUCACUGUACCAUCUAAACCGCAGUGAACUUUCUUUUCCAUAACCAAACAUUUUGUAUUUUCAGCUGUUUGAAGCUGGUGUACAAGACCUAAAGUAUAAGACGCAAAAACAAAACUUAAAAACUGGAAAUAGUGCACAAAGAACAGAUCUACCGCUUCUUAGACUUCCUUUCAUUGAGAAUGACAGAUUUAUAACUCAUAUUUCUAUGUGAAUUUUGUUGGGUUGCCCAAAAAGUGACAUAUUGUAGCUUUAACACUAGAAUCGCUGGGCAUCGACGGACAUUAAUUAUGACUUCAACAUUCUAACAGUGUAAUUAAUAAAUUUCAUAUUUGCUUUUGCAAAAAUAAUCAGUUGGAUGUGUUUAUGAAGGCCUUGGGUAACAUUAGAAUACUCCUUUUAUUUUAUUUCAAAUAACACAAUAGCAUUUUCAUUAGUUUAUGUUUAUGCUAUAUGUAAAUAAAUAGAAACAGCAAAGUUCAAGUGUUCAAUAAAUGUUAUUCAUUUAGUGACUUCUUACAACUAUGAAACAGAAAGCAUACUGUAUGUGUUGAAACAUGGUAACAGCUUAUUUUUAUAAUGACUAAAUUAAUGAAAAUACCCCAACCACCAAGACGCACGUUCAAGAUGCAGGGUCAAAAAUAGUUAAUUAUUAUUAUUUGUUUGGUUGUAAUGCGUAAUAGUCUCCGGUUUUCCCUUUAUUGUGGCCUGUCAUCUUGUCAUUCUUCAGCACCUUUGUGGAGUACAACAGCUGUGCAGAUGCCUUAUUUUGGGCAGAGGGCGGGAGCUCCCGUCUUUGUUCAUGGUCAGACUUGUUUUCUUUGCAAGCAAGUUGUUUGCCAAGACAGUGAAGUGAAGACAUUUUCCAUGGUGACAUUUCUCCCCUUGCCAACAUAAGGUUCCACAAGUCACCACAUUCUCCGACACUCGCUCACCUGCUGCCCGAUACUGAAAGCCGUUCAGCAUGUAAUCCAAGAUAGGCCAGAUUAGACUGAUAAGACUGCUUUGAUUCGAUGGACUGAUAAAGGGUACAUACCUUUUUAAGAUAAAAAUUAGAAUAGACCAAUACAAUAAUAGAAUGGCCAGUCCCCUGUUCUUCAUUCACAAUUGGUGAUUACAUAAUUGUGCAUCGUUCGCGUCCCCUCGCUCAUCAACUCACCCAUUCUCCCCCUUUCUCUCCAACAUACUUUACUUAAUUUAUGUAAUCUGUUAUAUGUGUGAAAUUAGUUUCGUAAUAGUUUUGGUUCAGUUUCAAGGCAAUUAUCGGGGUGAUUAUCGGCUAGGCGCUGCACUUUCAACUGUCGGAAGAAGGAGCGGAGCAGGCCCUACUGUUGGGAGAAGGAGGGGCAACGGGGAAAACCAUUAAAAUGUCCUCCUAAAACGAGUUAUAACUCCAGUUCUGUUGGUGAUAUUAAGAUUCUAACACUGACAGUGAAUUAUAUAGACGUAUUUAGAAAAAGUCAAGGACGGAAGGGGGCAUGACUUAAAAAAUGGCAGAGUAACAAAAACAAUCACGAGGAGUCAAAAUGACUGCUUUAGUGGUUUAGUGUUAAAUGCCAUUUCUGACCCUCGUGAGGCAAUUUCUAAAACGAAGCAGCCACAACUCUCUGCCCAAUAAGGUUGUAUUUAAUUCCAGCACUAUAACAGACAAUUUAAAUAGGUGAUGCAUUUAAUCAUAAUUUUAUUGCAGUAGGCCAUCUAUUUGAAAAGGGGAAUUCUGAAAGGACUCAUAACGGUACAUGUUUAUCUCUGAGGUCACUACUAAGGAAGUUCUAUAUGCUCUUUUAGUUAUAGAUGUUAAAAGGUCCACUGGCACAGACAUGAUUGAUCCGUGUCUUCUACAGCUUAAUGCACCUUUGAUUGUGGAGCCAUUGACAAAUAUUUUUUAUUUAUCCGUUCUAUCAGGUAUUAUUCCUGAGGUGUGGAAAUUUAGAAGAAUAUCAACAUAUCUCAAGACUUUCAUGUCAGGAUAAAAUAUUUGAACUCUUGAUCAAUUCUAAGCUGUGGCCCUUUUUAGAUAGAAACGGAUUCUAAAUGCUCACUAGUCAGGCUUUAGGCCAGGACAGAGCAACGUCUUGGCUGCUUACAUGAUGUAGCAAACUCCCUGGAUAGGAAGCAGCAUUGUGCUGCCCUCUAUAUUGAUCUCUCUAAACCAUUUGAUACUGUCGAUCAUGCACUUCUGCUACAGAGGUUAUACAGUUUACAUACACUUGGUUGGAGUCAUUAAAACUUGUUUUUCAACCACUCUACACAUUUCUUGUUAACAAACUAUAGUUUUGGCAAGUCGGUUAGGACAUAUACUUUGUGCAUGACGCAAGUAGUUUUCCAACAAUUGUUUACAGAAAGAUUAUUUCACUUAUAAUUCACUGUAUCACAAUUCCAGUGGGUCAGAAGUUUACAUACACUAAGUUCACUGUGCCUUUAAACAGCUUGGAAAAUUCCAGAAAAUGAUGUCAUGGCUUUAGAAGCUUCUGAUAGGCUAAUUGACAUCAUUUGAGUCAAUUGGAGGUGUACCUCUGGAUGUAUUUCAAGGCCUACCUUCAAACUCAGUGCCUAUUUGCUUGACAUCAUGGGAAAAUCAAAAGAAAUCAGCCAAGACCUCAGAAAAAAGUUUGUAGACCUCCACAAGUCUGGUUCAUCCUUGGGAGCAAUUUCCAAACGCCUGAAGGUACCACGUUCAUCUGUAAAAACAAUAGUACGCAAGUAUAAACACCAUCGGACCACACAGCCGUCAUACUGCUCAGGAAGGAGUCACGUUCUGUCUCCGAGAGAUGAACGUACUUUGGUGCGAAAAGUGCAAAUCAAUCCCAGAACAACAGCAAAGGACCUUGUGAAGAUGCUGGAGGAAACAUUUUACUGUGGAUACAGAUACUUUUGUACCUGAGUCCUAUAUCAACAUAACCUGAAAGGCCGCUCAGCAAGAAAGAACCCACUGCUCCAAAACCGCCAUGAAAAAGCCAGACUACGGUUUGCAACUGCACAUGGGGACAAAGAUUGUACUUUUUGUAGAAAUGUCCUCUGGUCUGAUUAAACAAAAAUAGAACUGUUUGGCCAUAAUGACCAUCGUUAUGUUUGGGGGAAAAGGGGGGGGGGGGAGGUCGCUUGCAAGCCGAAGAACACCAUCCCAAAUGUGAAGCACGGGGGUGGCAGCACCAUGCUGUGGGGAUGCUUUGCUGCAGGAGGGACUGGUGCACUUCACAAAAAAAUACUCUGUCAUUUGUAACAAGUUUCAGUCAAUUCUUUUUGGUAGCAUUUCUAUGUUGAAAAUAAAAAUAAUAAUUUGGUGCAUUUUUCCCCAUAUUACAUUUACAUUUUACAUAUUAGUCAUUUAGCAGACGCUCUUAUCCAGAGCGACUUACAGGAGCAAUUAGGGUUAAGUGCCUUGCUCAAGGGCACAUUUACGUCAUUUAGCAGACGCUCUUAAACAGAGCGACUCACAAAUUGGUGCAUUCACCCUAUAGGCAGUGGGAUAACCACUUUACAAAUUUUUUUUUUGGGGGGGGGGGGGGGGGGGGGGUAGAAGGAUUACUUUAUCCUAUCCCAGGUAUUCCUUAAAGAGGUGGGGUUUCAAAUGUCUCCGGAAGGUGGUGAGUGACUCCGCUGUCCUGGCGUCGUGAGGGAGCUUGUUCCACCAUUGGGGUGCCAGAGCAGCGAACAGUUUUGACUGGGCUGAGCGGGAACUAUGCUUCCGCAGAGGAAGGGGAGCCAGCAGGCCAGAGGUGGAUGAACGCAAUGCCCUCGUUUGGGUGUAGGGACUGAUCAAAGCCCGAAGGUACAGAGGUGCCGUUCCCCUCACUGCUCCAUAGGCAAGCACCAUGGUCUUGUAGCGGAUGCGAGCUUCAACUGGAAGCCAGUGGAGUGUGUGGAGGAGGGGGGUGACGUGAUAUUCCAUCCAGUGCGCUUAAUAUUUUGUAAUAUAUUACAUUUGAUCUUUCUUGAACAAUUUCCUCCAUUUCUUAUUGUUUUUUCCUCUAACUUAUUCUGUGCCUCUAUGGUACAGUUUUUAUUACUAUAUACAGUGGGGGAAAAAAGUAUUUAUUCAGCCACCAAUUGUGCAAGUUCUCCCACUUAAAAAGAUAAAGAGGCCUGUAAUUUUCAUAAUAGGUACACGUCAACUAUGACAGACAAAAUGAGAAGAAAAAAACCCCAGAAAAUCACAUUGUAGGAUUUUUAAUGAAUUCAUUUGCAAAUUAUGGUGGAAAAUAAGUAUUUGGUCAAUAACAAAAGUUUCUCAAUACUUUGUUAUAUACCCUUUGUUGGCAAUGACACAGGUCAAAUGUUUUCUGUAAGUCCUCACAAGGUUUUCACACACUGUUGCUGGUAUUUUGGCCCAUUCCUCCAUGCAGAUCUCCUCUAGAGCAGUGAUGUUUUGGGGCUGUCGCUGGGCAACACAGACUUUCAACUCCCUCCAAAGAUUUUCUAUGGGCCACUCCAGGACCUUGAAAUGCUUCUUACGAAGCCACUCCUUCGUUGCCCGGGCGGUGUGUUUGGGAUCAUUGUCAUGCUGAAAGACCCAGCCACGUUUCAUCUUCAAUGCCCUUGCUGAUGGAAGGAGGUUUUCACUCAAAAGCUCACGAUACAUGGCCCCAUUCAUUCUUUCCUUUACACGGAUCAGUCGUCCUGGUCCCUUUGCAGAAAAACACCCCCAAAUCAUGAUGUUUCCACCCCCAUGCUUCACAGUAGGUAUGGUGUUCUUUGGAUGCAACUCAGCAUUCUUUGUCCUCCAAACACGACGAGUUGAGUUUUUACCAAAAAGUUCUAUUUUGGUUUCAUCUGACCAUAUGACAUUCUCCCAAUCCUCUUCUGGAUCAUCCAAAUGCACUCUAGCAAACUUCAGACGGGCCUGGACAUGUACUGGCUUAAGCAGGGGGACACGUCUGGCACUGCAGGAUUUGAGUCCCUGGCGGCGUAGUGUGUUACUGAUGGUAGGCUUUGUUACUUUGGUCCCAGCUCUCUGCAGGUCAUUCACUAGGUCCCCCCGUGUGGUUCUGGGAUUUUUGCUCACCGUUCUUGUGAUCAUUUUGACCCCACGGGGUGAGAUCUUGCGUGGAACCCCAGAUCGAGGGAGAUUAUCAGUGGUCUUGUAUGUCUUCCAUUUCCUAAUAAUUGCUCCCACAGUUGAUUUCUUCAAACCAAGCUGCUUACCUAUUGCAGAUUCAGUCUUCCCAGCCUGGUGCAGGUCUACAAUUUUGUUUCUGGUGUCCUUUGACAGCUCUUUGGUCUUGGCCAUAGUGGAGUUUGGAGUGUGACUGUUUGAGGUUGUGGACAGGUGUCUUUUAAACUGAUAACAAGUUCAAACAUGUGCCAUUAAUACAGGUAACGAGUGGAGGACAGAGGAGCCUCUUAAAGAAGAAGUUACAGGUCUGUGAGAGCCAGAAAUCUAGCUUGUUUGUAGGUGACCAAAUACUUAUUUUCCACCAUAAUUUGCAAAUAAAUUCAUAAAAAAUGUGUUAUUAUCUAUGGUUAGAUCUAGUAUGUGUAGAUCUAUGUUGGCCGGUGCGGUUCCCAAUCAGAGGCAGCUGUUGCUCAUUGUCUCUGAUUGGGGACCAUACUUAGGUAGCCUUUUGGCACCUGUUAGUUGUGGGAUCUUGUUCCGUGUUAUGGUAUGUUUGUGUGCUACCUUGGACUUCACGUUUCGUUUGUUGUUUUUGUAGUGUGUUUAUUCGCUUAAUAAACAUGUAUGCUUAUCUCGCUGCGCCUUGGUCCGUCUCGUCUGUAAACGAUCGUGACAGAAGAUCCCACCAAAAUAGGACCAAGCAGCGUGUUCAGGAGCAAACGCCGGGAAUUAAUCAGGAGGUUACUUUAGUAGAUGUCCUCCUCCAGGAGGAGGAGGCCGUCCGCUACCGGACGGCGAUGAAGGAGGAUGCCCAGGUAGGAGAAGUGAAACGGCGCCAACAGUGCCGACGACGGAGACCCGAGAGGCAACCCCAAUAAAAAAAAAUUGGGGGGCACAUGGUGUGGACGACGAGGCAGCAGGAGGCAGCGACAGGGCGAUUCUGCAGGUUAGGAGGCCACCAGGUUACGGGGGCUAUUGGUUCAGAGGGAGCAGGAGUUAUUGGGUCAGAGGGAGGAGCUACAGGAGGCUAUAAGGGAGAAGGAGAGUGUAGAGGCACGGCGAGAGGAGCUGGUUAGGCAGCAGAAGGAGCGAGGGUUUAUAAGGGAACCCAGUCCCGCUCCUCGCACCAAGCAAGUGGUGCGUGUCGCCAGUCUGGUCCGGCCCGUUCCUGAUCCCCGCACUAAGCCAGUGGUGCGUGUUCCCAGUACAGCCCGACCCAUUCCUGCUUCCCGCACAAGGCCAGAGGUGUGUGUUCCCAGUACGGUCCGGCCCAUUCCUGCUCCCCGCACUAAGCCAGUGGUGCGCGUCGCCAGCCCGGCCCGGCCUGUUCCUGGUCCUCGCACCAAACUGGUGGUGCGCGUCGCCAGCCCGGUCCGGCCAGUUCCUGACCCUCGCACCAAGCCUGUGGUGCGCGUUGCCAGCCCGGCCCGGCCUGUUCCUGACCCUGGCACCAAGCCAGUGGUGCGCAUCGUCAACCCGGUCCGGCCCGUUCCUGCUCCCCGCACCAAGCCAGUGGUGCGUGUGUCCAGUCCGGCACGGCCCGUGCCUGUUCCACCGGUUCCUGGUCCGGCACCGGUCAGCUGCUCCACUCCGGAGCCAGAGCAAUCCGCUCCACCGGGGUCCGGUCCAACUCCGGUCAGCGGAUCCACUCCGGAGCCAGAGCAAUCCGCUCCACCGGGGUCCAGUCCAGCUCCGGUCAACCGCUCCACUCCGGAGCCAGAGCAGUCCACUCCACUGGUGCCUGAUCCAGCUCCGGUCAGCGGCUCCACUCCGGAGCCAGAGCAGUUCCAUCCACCGUCGUCGGGUCCAGCUCCAGUCAGCGGUUCCAGUCCAGACCCAGACAACAGCCCCUCUCCAGGUUCGGGGUCUUCCACACCAGGGUCCAGACAGGGCUUGGUACGUCGUGGGAGGAAGGAGAGGGGAAGCAGCGCGCCGAGGUCCAGACCAAACCAGGGGCGCAACAGGGAGGUGGAGAGUAAGUGGUGGUCACGCCCGGAGCCGGAUCCGCCUCUGAGGCGGAAUGCCCACCCGGCCCCUACCCUGUUAUGUUUAUGUGGCGCGGUCGGAGUCCGCACCUUUGGGGGGGGGGUGGGGGUACUGUCACGCCCUGACUCUGAGGACUUGUAUUUGUUGAGUCAGGGUGUGUAGCCUUUUGGCACCUGUUAGUUGUGGGAUCUUGUUCCGUGUUAUGGUAUGUUUGUGUGCUACCUUGGACUUCACGUUUCGUUUGUUCUUUUUGUCGUGUGUUUAUUCGCUUAAUAAACAUAUAUGCUUAUCACGCUGCGCCUUGGUCCGUCUCGUCUGUAAACGAUCGUGACAGUGGGAGAACUUGCACAAUUGGUGGCUGACUAAAUACUUUUUUUCCCCACUGUAUGCAGACAUUUGCGCAAUCUUGAACAAACUUUUUCCCCCUGGCACAUUUUCUGGCUGGCGCUCGCUUUGCCUUCUUUGUUGUUUUCCUUACAAGUAAUAACUGUGGACAUGUGUAAGUGCCUUAUUUCCUGUAUAUCGUUGUCGUUUCUACUGUAGCAUACAGUAUGUAUGUAUGUAUGUAUGUAUGGAGCAUAAUGUAUUUACAGUUUUAUUCACGUUUUCAAGUGCUGGUAACAAAUAAUGCAUUCCGAUUAUUGCAUAGAUUUUAAUGGACACCUAUGAUGUGUGUAAAAUACUUUUUUAAAGGUUGUACUGAUUAUGAAGAGCUAAUGCUAAGCUAUUUGCCAGCAAUGUGUGGCACCAUGGUUGUUGACAUUAUACAAUGCAUUCUGGGUGUCACAUAAACGCCUGUCAGACCAAUGAUGUUAUAACAAAAUGAGGUGACGGAUGGUUCUGUGAUGAGUACUGAGUAUACGAAAAGGCAGGACGCAGACGCAGGAAUUUAUAAGGUCAAGGUUUACUUCACAAAGUAAAAUAACAAAGAUAGAGUAAAUGACACGAAGCAAAACAAUCACACACAACAUCCUACAGAACAGUCCAGGGCUAAAUAGGGGUGGUGAUGAGAUGAUGAGGUGCAGGUGCGCUGGAGGUGAUUAGGGUGCGUUGGGUUUCCAUUCCGAUGUUGCCGAGGUGGUGCGCUCAGACCGGUGGCUCAGUAGACCGGCAAAUCCGAGCGCCGCAACGGGAGGAGACGUGACAUCAGGAACCACCGGUCUGAGGAGAGACACAUGAAAAGUGGGUGAGAUACGGUAGUGAGGGGGAAGGAGCAGCCGGUAUGAUACCUCAUUUAUCCGCCGGAGGACCUUAAACGGCCCCACAAACCGGGGGCUCAGCUUCUAGCAGGGCAGGCGGAGAGGGAGGUUUUUUGUGGACAGCCAGACACGAUCCCCAGGCUGGAAUACAAGGGCCUCACUGUGGUGGCGGUCGGCUUGGUCCUUCUGCCGACGAAUGGCCCUCUGGAGAUGGACAUGGGCGGCGUCCCAGAGCUGUCCGGCCCUGUGGAACCACUCGUUGACAGCGGGCGCAUCGGUCUGGCUGGGUGUCCAAGGGGCCAGGGCUGACUGGUACCCCAGGAAGCACUGGAAGGGAGUGAGCCCCAUGGAGGAGUGAACGAGGGAGUUCUGGGCAUAUUCUGCCCAGGGAAGAAAUCUCGCCCACUCACCCUGCCGGUCCUGACAGUGGCAACGAAGAAACCGCCCCAGCUCCUGGUUCAAGCGUUCCACCUGCCCAUUCGACUGAGGCCUAUACCCGGAAGUGAGGCUGGCUGUGGCCCCGAUCUACUCCAGGAAAGCCUUCCACACUUGGGAGGUGAAUCGGGGGCCCGGUCAGAGACGAUGUCCUCCGGAAGUCCAUAAUGCCGGAAGACCUGUUGGAACAGGACCUCAGUGACCUGGAGAGCAGAAGGAAGACCAGUUAGUGGCAAAGAACGGCAUGAUUGUGGUGAAGCUGUCAGAACAUGGAAGGUCGGUGACAAAGUCUAUGGACAGGUGUGACCAAGGUCGCUGACGCACUGGGAGAGGAACUAGUUUGCCUGCUGGGGCAUUCCGAGGUGUCUUUGUUUGGGCACAUUCGGAACAGGAGUUGACAUAGCGGGAGACAUCAGAAGUCAAGGUGGGCCACCAGUAUUUUUGGGAUAGAGAAUGCAGGGUGCACAUAAUACCAGUGUGCCCUGCCGUAAGGGUAGUGUGUGCCCAGAUCAGCAGGCGGUCACGGACACUGCUGGGUACAUACAUGCGCCCCGAAGGGGCGUUGGCAGGCGCUGGGUCCUCCUGAGCUGCCAGGCGGUUGUCUUUAUCCACAUCCCAAACAACAGGUGCAACGAUGAGAGACAAGGUCAGGAUAGGACCCUCCAGAUCAUUCCUUUCUCUGGUAUGGUGCAUCCUGGAGAGUGCUUCGGCCUUCACAUUCUGGGAUCCUGGGUGGUAGGAUAGAAUUGAAUUGGAAGCGAGUGAGAAAUAGGGCCCAUCUGGCUUGACGAGAGUUCAUCCGUUUCGCUGCCCGUAUGUGCUCCAAAUUCCGGUGGUCUGUAAGAAUCCGGAAUGGAUGGACUGCGCCCUCCAGCCAGUGUCUCCAUUCCUCCAGAGUGAGGACCACCACCAACAGCUCCCUGUCUCCAACUCCAUAGUUAUUCACUGCAUGGGUAAGCUUUUUAGAGAAAAAGGCACAGGGAUAAAUUUUUUCUGGCUUACCGUGCCGCUGGGAGAGGACCGCACCCACGCCCUCCUCCGAUGCGUCCACCUUCAGGAUGAAAGGACGAGUUGGAUCUCGGUGUUUUAGGAUGGGCGCUGUGGUGAACCUCUCCUUCAGCCUCUUGAAGGCAGCGUCAGCCUCAGGGUUCCAGGCCAGCUUCUGAGGCCCACCCUUAAAGAGAGAGGUGAGCGGGGCGGCUAUGGAGUUGAAGGACCUGAUGAAAAGCCAGUAGAAAUGAGUGAAGCCCAGGAAGCUCUGUAGGCCCUUGAUGGUGGUGGGAACUGGCCAUGAAAUACAUCAUUCUCUCUACUAUAAUUCUGACAUUUCACAUUCUUAAAAUAAAGUGGGGAUCCUACCUGACCUAAGACAGCGAAGUUUUACUAGGAUUAAAUGUCAGGAAUUGUGAAAAACUGAGUUUAAAUGUAUUUGGCUAAGGUGUAUGUAAACUUUCAACUUCAACUGUAUACCUCCAAAAUCCAAAAUAAAGAAGGAACGAGGUUUAGCCUAAAAACAAUCGAAAUACCUUUAUUCACAGAAUAAAAUACAUACUUUUGUGUCAAGAGCACUGUAAAGGAAAAUAUAGAGUUAAAGUAUAAAUGGAAAUGCAUCAACUCUGUUCUAGCUCAAGCAGGCAAACAAAGCACAGUGCCUUGCAAAAGUAUUCAACCCCCUUGGCGUUUUUCCUAUUUUGUUGCAUUACAAACUGUAAUUUAAAUUGAGUUUUAUUUGGAUUUCAUGUAAUGGACAUACACAAAAUAGUACAAAUUGGUGAAGUGAAAUGAAAAAAAUAACUUGUUUCAUAAAAUUCUAAAAAAAUUAAUAACGGAAAAGUGGUGCAUGCAUAUGUAUUCACCCCUUUGCUAUGAAGCCCCUAAAUAAGAUCUGGUGCAACCAAUUACCUUCAGACGUCACAUAAUUAGUUAAAUAAAGUCCACCUGUGUGCAAUCUAAGUGUCACAUGAUCUGUCACAUGAUCUCAGUAUAUAUACGCCUGUUUUGAAAGGCCCCAGAGUCUGCAACACCACUAAGCAAGGGGCACCACCAAGCAAGCGGCACCAUGAAGACCAAGGAGCUCUCCAAACAGGUCAGGGACAAAGUUGUGGAGAUGUACAGAUCAGGGAUGGGUUAUCAAAAAUAUUUGCAUUGCUUAAAGAAAAAAAUAAGCAAACACGUUUGGUGUUCACCAAAAGGCAUGUGGGAAACUCCCCAAACAUAUGGAAGAAGGUACUCUGUUCAGAUGAGACUAAAAUUUAGCUUUUUGGCCAUCAAGGAAAAUGCUAUGUUUGGCGCAAACCCAACACCUCUCUUCACCCCGAGAAUACCAUCCCCACAGUGAAGCAUGGUUGUGGCAGCAUCAUGCUGUGAGGAUGUUUUUCAUCAGCAGGGACUGGGAAACUGUUCAGAAUUGAAGGAAUGAUGGAUGGCGCUAAAUACAGGGAAAUUAUUGAUGGAAACCUGUUUCAGUCUUCCAGAGAUUUGAGAUUGGGAUGGAGGUUCACCUUCCAGCAAGACAAUGACCCUAAGCAUAUUGCUAAAGCAACACUUGAGUGGUUUAAGGGGAAACAUUUAAAUGUCUUGGAAUGGCCUAUUCAAAGCCCAGACCUCAAUCCAAUUGAGAAUAUGUGGUAUGACUUAAAGAUUGCUGUACACCAGCGGAACCCAUCCAACUUGAAGGAGCUAGAGCAGUUUUGCCUUGAAGAAUGGGCAAAAAUCCCAGUGGCUAGAUGUUCCAAGCUUAUAGAGACAUACACCAAGAGACUUGCAGCUGUAAUUGCUGCAAAAGGUGGCUCUACAAAGUAUUCACUUUGGGGGGUUGAAUAGUUAUGCACACUGAAAUGUUCUGUUUUCUUGUCUUAUUUCUUUCACUUUUUAUUAUAUUUUGCAUCUUCAAAGUGGUAGGCAUGUUGUGUAAAUCAAAUGAUAAAAACUUCCCAAAAAUCUAUUUUAAUUCCAGGUUGUAAGGCAACAAAAUAGAAAAAAUGCCAAGGGGGGUGAAUACUUUCGCAAGCCACUGUAAUGUUUUAAUCCCUAGUAACGCUAAGAUGUGGAGUCUUCCAGGCCAGACAUUAUGUUAUCUUCCUCGGCUUUUGGUAAUCAGAUGUCAGAUGUAAAACACAUUGUUAACAAUGUGUUGGCCAGGUGUCUCCAACUCUGAUUUUGGGAGAGCAACUCGCUCUUUCCAGCCCUGCAGUAACACACCUGAUUCAGAAAAUAUUUGUCCAGACUUAAGACCAUGAUUCGUUGAAUGUGUAUUAGUGAUGGGCUGGAGCAAAAGCCUGCACACAGUAGCUCUCCAAGACAAGAGUUGGAGAACCCAGAGGGGUAUCCUACGAAGCAAUCUAUAUCUACUCAGGGUUUUCUAAAGCUAACCAGCUUCAGUUAGCUUCACAUUUCAACUCAGGCUUCAUCCAUACUACGACGGUGGAUUAGCCUGUCGCUAAAUCUAGCAGGCUUGUAACUCUAGCAGACUAUAACUUACAAUAUUUUUAUGUAAUAUAAGGCUCAAUCCCAAUACCCCCCCCCCCCUUAGCCCUCUCCCUUAGCUUUCCCCCUCCGUUUUGCGCAAUCCCGCGAGCCCCUUUGAGACGGAUGGGAUCCCAAUUCAAAUUUGAGGGAGACGUAGUGCCUUUUCAGCCCUGUAGUUGGCCCUCCAAAUGAAGCGAAUCGAGAUGCAGACUUUCUAUCGAGUGUUUCCCAAAACUCUCAUAACGGUCUGCGACCCAACCCUGAAGAGUAGCUUCAAGAAUAAUGGCUGACAAAAAUACAAGGAUGGAAGCAAAUGUAAGUCAUUAUAACUUCAUGAUUAAUCAUGCAAAAAAUGUACAGUUAAGAGAAAUAUGUUAGUUAAUGUAGAGAGAAACGAUUACGCAUGUUUUUUGUCAUAAAGUACAUUUACGAAAGUCGCUAACAGUAGCCAGCUAGCUAUACAUUUAGCUUGCUAUAUGGGUGUUUGACAUUGCAUGAAUUGUAAUUUGUGUUAUUUGAUGUUUUAGGGACUCCUGAGCAAACUAACAAACCUGGCUGUCAUCUUGUGAAACCCAGUGGAUGUAAAAAAAAAAUCUAGCUAAAGCAUUUACUGCAAAUGUAAUAAACUGUCAAUCACUUGUCUUUGUUCUUUAUUGUAGGAACGCUAACUUUAGACAUUGAAGAUUUUGUCAUGUAAUAAAGCAGAAGUAACGUAGCUAAUUAUUUUCUUGCAUAUUGUGUAGUGGAGGAUAAAUAGGCCUGUAGCUAUGUAGAGUGGGGAGAACAAGUAUUUGAUUCACUGCCGAUUUUGCAGGCUUUCCUACUUACAAAGCAUGUAGAGGUCUGUAAUUUUUAUCAUAGGUACACUUCAACGGUGAGAGACGGAAUCUAAAACAAAAAUCCAGAAAAUCACAUUGUAUGAUUUUUAAGUAAUUAAUUUGCAUUUUAUUGCAUGACAUCAGUAUUUGAUACAUCAGAAAAGCAGAACUUAAUAUUUGGUACAGAAACCUUUGUUUGCAAUUACAGAAAUCAUACAUUUCCUGUAGGCCUUGACCAGGUUUGCACACAUUGCAGCAGGGAUUAUGGCCCACUCCUCCAUACAGACCUUCUCCAGAUCCUUCAGGUUUCGGGGCUGUCGCUGGGCAAUACGGACUUUCAGCUCCUUCCAAAGAUUUUAUAUUGGGUUCAGGUCUGGAGACUGGCUAGGCCACUCCAGGACCUUGAGAUGCUUCUUACGGAGCCACUCCUUAGUUGCCCUGGCUGUAUAUUUCGGGUCGUUGUCAUGCUGGAAGACCCAGCCACGACCCAUCUUCAAUGCUCUUAAUGAGGGAAGGAGGUUGUUGGCCAAGAUCUCGCGAUACAUGGCCCCAUCCAUCCUCCCCUUAAUACGGUGCAGUCGUCCUGUCCCUUUUGCAGAAAAGCAUCCCCAAAGAAUGAUGUUUCCAUCUCCAUGCUUCAUGGUUGGGAUGGUGUUCUUGGGGUUGUACUCAUCCUUCUUCUUCCUCCUAACACGCCGAGUGGAGUUUAGACCAAAAAGCUCUAUUUUUGUCUCAUCAGACCACAUGACCUUCUCCCAUUCCUCCUCUGGAUCAUCCAGAUGGUAAUUGGCAAAGUUCAGACAGGCCUGGACAUGCGCUGGCUUGAGCAGGGGGACCUUGCAUGCGCUGCAGGAUUUUAAUCCAUGACGGCGUAGUGUGUUACUAAUGGUUUUCUUUGAGACUGUGGUCCCAGCUCUCUUCAGGUCAUUGACCAGGUCCUGCCGUGUAGUUCUGGGCUGAUCCCUCACCUUCCUCAUGAUCAUUGAUGCCCCACGAGGUGAGAUCUUGCAUGGAGCCCCAGACUGAGGGUGAUUGACCGUCAUCUUGAACUUCUUCCAUUUUCUAAUAAUUGCGCCAACAGUUGUUGCCUUCUCACCAAGCUGCUUGCCUAUUGUCCUGUAGCCCAUCCCAACCUUGUGCAGGUCUAUACUUUUAUCCCUGAUGUCCUUACACAGCUCUCUGGUCUUGGCCAUUGUGGAGAGGUUGGAGUCUGUUUGAAUGAGUGUGUGGACAGGUGUCUUUUAUACAGGUAACGAGUUCAAACAGGUGCAGUUAAUACAGGUAAUGAGUGGAGAACAGGAAAGCUUCUUAAAGAAAAACUAACAGGUCUGUGAGAGCCGGAAUUCUUACUGGUUGGUAGGUGAUCAAAUACUUAUGUCAUGCAAUAAAAUGCAAAUUAAUUACUUAAAAAUCAUACAAUGUGAUUUUCUGGAUUUUCUACAUGCUUUGUAAGUAGGAAAACCAGAAAAAUCGGCAGUGUAUCAAAUACUUGUUCUCCCCACUGUAGCCUGUAUGGACCCUAAAACGUUUGGUAUAUUAGUUCAGAACAGUAGUUUAAAUUGCUUCCACUGGUUAAUCAUUAAUCCCCAAGAAAUUGCAGAAAAUGACUGAGUGAAGGAAAUGAGACUGUUACAUUUCAAACUGCUACUACAAUCAGAGGAAUGGUACAUUACGGAUACACUGUUUUUCAGUUCUCAUUUGUUGCUCAUAUGGUAAGUACAUUUUUGUUGCAUGAGAAAUAUAAGGAAAGCCAUUACUGCCGCCAGUACAGGCAUUGUGAAAAACACAAGGCUCGUUGUCAAUAAAUUGCAUGGUAAGCUAUCCUUUGGCCGCUUCUGCUGUUUGUGAGUGAUUUAAUAAUGUCCCAUUCCAUAGGGUUAUUUAUCUCUCCCUACCACCGUUUUCAAGGGACACUCCCCCACUGAGGGACAUUUGAAAAUGAGGGGGAGGGAUUGGGGGAGAACAAGGACUGAAUAGGGACUUCUUGAUAUAAAGCAGUAAUGUGAACAGAUAAAAACCUACAUGCUUGACCUUUCUCUUCACUUCAAAGCCAGCAACAUGAUUUCCCCUCAUGAUGCAUGCACACUUCUGGAACACCUGAUAACAUAUUUUUAACACUGUAUUAGCCAUUUUUCAAAAUCUGACACAUUUCUUCUAAGAAAAAGUACAAAUUACAAGUCCAUGUCAAAACGUACCUUACCCCUUUGUGCUUAGUUUAAGUAUAAAUUAUAAUGGACAUACAUUCAUACAGUUUCUUGACUGUCCAGCUCGCUAAUAAUCACUGAAAUGAAAGCUAGACAGUCAGGGAGCAUAGAUAGAAGACUAUUUUUUGAGAAUUUUGACAGCAAGGAAAUAUAACACAUUUUCUGUGCAGCCCUCCAGUCCUUGCUGAAAACCGAAUGCGGCCCUCUGAGAAAAAUGAGUUUGACAACCCUUGUUUAAGCUAUUAUAAGUUAUAUAACUUACCUUACUUAAAGAAAGCAAAAGAAAGGGAAUAUAAGACGAUAGAACAUGCGCAAGGGAAUGAGAGACAAAACAUGAUGAUGCAACUUACCCACUGUGACUAUUUCCACCAAUUUGUCUGUCCAUUUGAGCCAAAGGUUAGGGCCUCAACCCUAGCCAUAACCUCCACCCUAAUCCAAUUAACAAAUAAUUAAUUAGCUCCUCCCCCCACUGGGUGAUAUAAAUAUUGACUGGCUUUCAUCAGGCAGCCCACUCAAGAGAAAGCUUCAAACUGUAACUAGUGACUGAAACCUGGUUCAGGUUAUCAGUCAACCUACCAGGGUAGCUAGAAACAGCACAGGCAUGAAAUAAUCAACAUGUAUUGAUGACAUCUUUACUAAUGCUGCAGAAGAUUAGCUUGAAAGUAUUAUCCAAAUACAUCGGAUGUAGUGAUCACAAUAUAGUAGCCAUAUCUAGGAAACCAAAGUAUCAAAGGCAGGGCGUAAUACAGUGUACAGCACCAGUCAAAGGUUUGGACACACCUACUAAUUGAAGGGUUUUUCUUUAUUUUUACUAUUUUCUACACGAAUAAUCUACACGAAUAAUAGUGAAGAUAUCAAAACUAUGAAAUAACACAUGUGGAAUCAUGUAGUAACCAAAAAAGUUUUAAACAAAUCAAAAUAUAUUUUAUAUUUGAGAUUCUUCGAAGUAGCCACCCUUUGCGCGCGCGCUGCAUCAUUCAUGGGGGACGACAUGUUUACUGUUGCCUUGUUGAAAUGUACAGCAAACCUUACCAUUUUCACAUGUGAGUUCCUAAUAUCUCUAAUGGUCCCCCCAGCAUGCGUUUCUUUAUGCGCGUGAUGUCAGAAUGCACUCACUGUUCCAAAACAGUUACGCAACAAGACAGUUAACCCAGACUGCCCUCAAACCAAGGCAUGCUGCCUGCUAAAUAUCUAUAAGCUAUGUUUCAACUCGUCAAUUUCAAAUUAUUUUCUAACAAGUAAUAUUUUCUAAAAACAGUUUGAAAAUAGGGUGUGUUCCGCCUCCUCAUUAAUUCACAUAGAAGUAGCCCUUUUCAGUGUUGCGGACAAUUUAUGUUUGAGGCUUUACUGAGCCGGACACACUUCUCUCUUCAAUGAGAGCCCAAGCAUUUCCCCAGUGUAACCCCAGGUCAGGUAUGCCAACAUUUGCACAUCUCCAGUCAGAACAGAACUUGCAUGAACUUUUUCCCCCUGACACAUUUUCUAUCUGGCGUCCACAUGGCAUUCAUUGAUGUUUUCCUUACCAAUAAUAACUUUGGACAUGUGUGCAUUCCUAUCAAAGUAAGUGCCUUAUUACGUUAUCAUAAUAGUUUCUGUAUAUCGUGUUAUGUCGUUUCUACUGUAGCACACUGUAUCUAUGUAUGGAGAAUAAUGCAUUCUGUGUGUAUUCCUUUAUAACCGCAGACAUGCAAGGUACUAAUUUCAUGACCUUUAUGGUGUUAUACUCAAUUGUGCUUAUGUACAGUGAGGGAAAAAAGUAUUUGAUCCCCUGCUGAUUUUGGACGUUUGCCCACUGACAAAGUAAUGAUCAGUCUAUAAUUUUAAUGGUAGGUUUAUUUGAACAGUGAGAGACAGAAUAACAACAACAAAAUCCAGAAAAAAACUUUUAAAAAAUGUUAUAAAUUGAUUUGCAUUUUAAUGAGGGAAAUAAGUAUUUGACCCCCUCUCAAUCAGAAAGAUUUCUGGCUCCCAGGUGUCUUUUAUACAGGUAACGAGCUGAAAUUAGGAGCACACUCUUAAAGGGAGUGCUCCUAAUCUAAGCUUGUUACCUGUAUAAAAGACACCUGUCCACAGAAGCAAUCAAUCAAUCAGAUUCCAAACUCUCCAACAUGGCCAAGACCAAAAAGCUCUCCAAGGAUGUCAGGGACAAGAUUGUAGACCUACACAAGGCUGGAAUGGGCUAAAAGACCAUCGCCUAGCAGCUCGGUGAGAAGGUGACAACAGCUGGUGCGAUUAUUCGCAACUAGAAGAAACACAAAAUAACUGUCCAUCUCCCUAGGCCUGGGGCGCCAUGCAAGAUCUCACCUCGUGGAGUUGCAAUGAUCAUGAGAACAGUGAGGAAUCAUCCAUGAACUACGCGGGAGGAUCUUGUCAAUGAUCUCAAGGCAGCUGGGACCAUAGUCACCAAGAAAACAAUUGGUAACACACUACGCCAUGAAGGACUGAAAUCCUGCAGCGCCCUCAUGGUCCCCCUGCUCAAGAAAGCACAUAUACAGGGCUGUCUGAAGUUUGCCAAUGAACAUCUGAAUGAUUCAGAGGAGAUCUUGGUGAAAGUGUUGUGAUCAGAUGACACCAAAACCGAGCUCUUUGGCAUCAACUCAACUCGCCGUGUUUGGAGGAGGAGGAAUGCUGCCUGUGACCAUAAGAACACCAUCCCCACCAUCAAACAUGGAGGUGGAAACAUUAUGCUUUGGGGGUGUUUUUCUGCUAAGGGGACAGGACAACUUCACCACAUCAAAGGGACGAUGGACGGGGCCAUGUACCGUCAAAUCUUGGGUGAGAACCUCGUUCCCUCAGCCAGGGUAUUGAAAAUGGGUUGUGGAUGGGUAUUCCAGCAUGACAAUGACCCAAAACACACGGCCAAGGCAACAAAGGAGUGGCUCAAGAAGAGGAACAUUAAGGUCCUGGAGUGGCCUAGCCAGUCUCCAGACCUUAAUCCCAUAGAAAAUCUGUGGAGGCAGCUGAAGAUUCGAGUUGCCAAAUGUCAGCCUCGAAACCUUAAUGACUUGGAGAAGAUCUGCAAAGAGGAGUGGAACAAAAUCCCACCUGAGAUGUGUGCAAACCUGGUGGCCAACUACAAGAAACGUCUGACCUCUGUGAUUUCCAACAAGGGUUUUGCCACCAAGUACUAAGUCAUGUUUUGCAGAGGGGUCAAAUACUUAUUUCACUCAUUAAAAUGCAAAUCAAUUUAUAACAUUUUUGACAUGCGUUUUUCUAGAUUUUUUUGUUAUUAUUCUGUCUCUCACUGUUCAAAUAAACCUACCAUUAAAAUUAUAGACUGAUCAUGUCUUUGUCAGUGGGCAAACGUACAAAAUCAGCAGGCGAUCAAAUACUUUUUUCCCUCACUGUAUGUACAGCUGCGGAAAAAAAUAAGAGACCACUGCAAAAUUAUCAGUUUCUCUGGUUUUACUUUUAAUAGGUAUGCGUUUGGGUAAAAAUAAAUUUUUUGUUUUAUUCUAUAAUCUACUGACAACAUUUCUCCCAAAUUCCCAAAAACAUUUUUGUAAUUUAGAGCAUUUAUUUGCAGAAAAUGACAACUGGUCAAAAUAACAAAAAAUAUGCUGUGUUGUCAGACCUCGAAUAAUGCAAAGAAAAUAAGUUCAUGUUCAUUUUUAAACAACACAAUAGUAAUGUUUUAAUUUAGGUAGAGUUCAGAAAUCAAAAUUUGUGGAAUAACCCUGAUUUUCAAUCACAGCUUUCAUGUGUCUUGGCAUGCUCUCCACCAGUUUUUCUCAUUGAUGUUGGGUGACUUCAUGCCACUCCUGGCACAAAAAUUCAAGCAGCUCGGCUUUGUUUGAUGGCUUGUGACCAUCCAUCUUCCUCUUGAUCACAUUCCAUACGUUUUCAAUGGCGUUCAGGUCUGGAGAUUGGGCUGGCCAUGACAGGAUCUGGUGGUCCUCCAUCCACACCUUGAUUGACCUGGCUGUGUGGCAUGGCACAUUGUCCUGCUGGAAAAACCAAUCCUCAGAGUUGGGGGACAAUGUCAUAGCAAAAGGAAGCAAGUUUUCUUCCAGGACAACCUUGUGCGUGGCUUGAUUCAUGCUUUCUUCACAAAGACAAAUCCGCCCGUUUCCAGACUUGCUGAAGCACCCCCAGAUCAUCACCGAUCCUCCACCAAAUUUCACAGUGGAUAUGAUACACUAUGGCUUGUAGGCCUCUCCAGGUCUCUGUCUAACCAUUAGACAACCAGGUGUUGGGCAAAGCUGAAAAUUGGACUCAUCAGAGAAGAUGACCUUACUUCAGUCCUCUACGGUCCAAUCCUUAUGGUCUUUUGCAAAUCUGAGCCUGGCUCUUCUUUGCUUCUCAUUGAUGAAGGGCUUUUUCUAGCUUUGCACGACUUCAGCCCUGCCCCUAGGAGCCUGUUUCGAACCGUCCUAGCCGUGCACUUCACCCCAGCUGCCGUUUGCCAUUCUUUUUGUAGGUCACUUGAUGUCAUCCUACGGUUGUUGAGUGACAUUCAAAUGAGUUGGCGGUCAUCCCGGUCCGUAGCUUUGUUGUCUCUAAUGUCUGCUGCUUGACCUUGUUCUUAUGAACCGCCGUCUUUGAAAUGUUAAGGAUGGAAGCAACCUGACGCUCACUGUAUCCCUCUGCCAGUAAAGCCAUAAUUGAACCCUUCUUUUCCUCACUCAAAACAUUCAUUUUCAACUCUUUUGGCAUGGUCAAUAGUUAUUUUUUGAUUAAUAUUACUAUUGAGGUACUAUUAGCACUGUUUUUGCCAGCCAGCUGGUCCUAUUGCAAGAGGAUAGUGAUGACCACAGCAGUAGUUUUUAUACUUUUCCUCGUUAAAUAAUAUUUGGUUAAUGUGAUCACCUAAUCAGUACCUCAUUCAGUAUUUAUUUUUUUACGUCAUUUAGCAGACGCUCUUAUCCAGAGCGACUUACAGUUAGUGCAUACAUUUUAUUUUUUAAUUUUUAUACUGGCCCCGCGUGGGAAUCGAACCCACAACCCUGGCGUUGCAAACACCAUGCUCUAACAACUGAGCUACCUCCCUGCCGGCCAUUCCCUCCCCUACCCUAGACGACGCUGGGCCAAUUGUGCGCCGCCCCAUUGGUCUCCCGGUUGCGGCCGGCUACGACAGAGCCUGGAUUCGAACCAGGAUCUCUAGUGGCACAGCUAGCACUGCGAUGCAGUGCCUUAGACCACAGGCACACUCAGUAGAAUGAGGUGUGCCUGUGUUGGAAUUCAACAUACACUGGAAUGGAAUGGCUGUCAUACAUGUAGAGAUACUGAUUUAAGAAAAAUUUGCAGUGGUCUAUUAUUAUUUCCACAGCUGUAUAUAUAUAUAUAUAUAUAUAUAUAUAUAUAUAUAUAUAUAUAUAUAUAUAUAUAUAUAUAUAUAUAUAUAUAUACAGUGGGGAGAACAAGUGUUUGAUACACUCACUGCCGAUUUUGCAGGUUUUCCUACUUACAAAGCAUGUAGAGGUUUGUAAUUUUUAUCAUAGGUACACUUUAACUGUGAGAGACGGAAUCUAAAACACAAAUCCAGAAAAUCACAUUGUAUGAUUUUUAAGUAAUUAAUUUGCAUUUUAUUGCAUGACAUAAAUAUUUGAUACAUCAGAAAAGCAGAACUUAAUAUUUGGUACAGAAACCUUUGUUUGCAAUUACAGAGAUCAUACAUUUCCUGUAGGUCUUGACCAGGUUUGCACACACUGCAGCAGGGAUUUUGGCCCACUCCUCCAUACAGACCUUCUCCAGAUCCUUCAGGUUUCGGGGCUGUCGCUGGGCAAUACGGACUUUCAGCUCCCUCCAAAGAUUUUCUAUUGGGUUCAGGUCUGGAGACUGGCUAGGCCACUCCAGGACCUUGACAUGCUUCUUACAAACCCACACCUUAGUUGCCCUGGCUGUGUGUUUCGGGUCGUUGUCAUGCUGGAAGACCCAGCCACGACCCAUCUUCAAUGCUCUUACUGAGGGAAGGAGGUUGUUGGACAAGAUCUCGCGAUACAUGGCCCCAUCCAUCCUCCCCUCAAUAUGGUGCAGUCGUCCUGUCCCCUUUGCAGAAAAGCAUCCCCAAAGAAUGAUUUUUCCACCUCCAUGCUUCACGGUUGGGAUGGUGUUCUUGGGGUUGUACUCAUCCUUCUUCUUCCUCCAAACACGCCGAGUGGAGUUUAGACCAAAAAGCUAUAUUUUUGUCUCAUCAGACCACAUGACCUUCUCCCAUUCCUCCUCUGGAUCAUCCAGAUGGUCAUUGGCAAACUUCAGACGGGCCUGGACAUGCGCUGGCUUGAGCAGGGGGACCUUGCGUGCGCUGCAGGAUUUUAAUCCAUGAUGGCGUAAUGUGUAACUAAUGGUUUUCGUUGAGACUGUGGUCCCAGCUCUCUUCAGGUCAUUGACCAGGUCCUGCCGUGUAGUUCUGGGCUGAUCCCUCACCUUCCUCAUGAUCAUUGAUGCCCCACGAGGUGAGAUCUUGCAUGGAGCCCCAGACCGAGGGUGAUUGACCGUCAUCUUGAACUUGUUCCAUUUUGUAAUGAUUGCGCCAACUGUUGUUGCCUUCUCACCAAGCUGCUUGCCUAUUGUCCUGUGGCCCAUCCCAGCCUUGUGCAGAUCUACAAUUUUAUCCCUGAUGUCCCUACACAGCUCUCUGGUCUUGGCCAUUGUGGAGAGGUUGGAGUCUGUUUGACUGAGUGUGUGGACAGGUGUCUUUUAUACAGGUAACGAGUUCAAACAGGUGCAGUUAAUACAGGUAAUGAGUGGAGAACAGGAGGGCUUCUUAAAGAAAAACUAACAGGUCUGUGAGAGCCGGAAUUCUUACUGGUUGUAUGUCAUGCAAUAAAAUGCAAAUGAAUUACUUAAAAAUCAUACAAUCAACAAAAAUUACAGACCUCUACAUGCUUUGUAAGUAGGAAAACCUGCAAAAUCGGCAGUGUAUCAAAAACUUGUUCUCCCCACUGUGUGUUUAUAUACAUAUAUAUAUAUAUAUAUAUAUAUAUACACAUACAUCUACACAUACAUACAUGUAAAUACAUAUCCUUUAAAAAAAUAUAUUUCCCUUUAUUACUUUCCAACCUCACCACCCCUUCCCUAAUUGGAGUAAACUAGUGAACAACAAUGCUUAGGCCUCUACUUCCAGCUUAUACAUACUAUAAACAUUUUAUGGACACAGUCAAUUUGACAAUAAUUAUAUUUUGUUUGUUUUUCUCAUGAACUUCCUCUACCCUCAACCUCUCCGAUCAUUUUCAUGAUCUCCAUCUGGUUUGCUUCUAUAUGCCAUAUCUUUCUAACUGUGCUCUUUCACAAAAGCUCUCAACCUAUAGCCUAUAUACUUAUUAUGGACACAGUAUGCUUUAUAUUAGUUAUCUUGUUUUUAUUAGUCGUUGUUAGUUGUUAUUAGUCCCAUCCUUCAACUCCAUUCAACACCACCCAUCUAUCUCUUAACACCAUCCAUAUUGGAUUUCUAUUUGCCAUGUAUUUUUCAACUGUACUGUGAUGUUUUACAAAAGUUCUGAACCCUUCUAUUCUCAUUGUUUCUACAGAUUGUAAAUUGAAAAUAAACAUGUUUGCUAAAAGUGUUAUUAUAUUAUUGAUCGAUUGACAAUGAUUUUUCAGAUCACCCAGGGUUAGCUCCAAGUAAAUAUUGCAAUCCUUUAGUCAUUCCUGGACCUGUGUCCAAAAACAAGCUACUUAUGGACAGUACCAAAACAAAUGAUCUAAUGAUUCUGUCUCUUUGCAGCAAAAUCUGCAGAGCUGAUAAGAUUGUAUCUCCCAUAAAAAUAACAUUCUAUUGGUAGCAAUAAUUGUAUAUAAUAAUUUAAAUUGAACAAUUCGAAGUUUUGAAUCCGGCGUCAUUUUGCGCAUCAGUUCAUAAGCACUAUGCCAUGGCUGUUGCACCUUCUUCACCACACAGUCAGUGAUGUGUACGCCAAGGAACUUGAAACUUUCCACCUACCCACUGCGGUCCCGUCGAUGUGGUUAGGGGCAUGCCCCCUCUGCUGUUUCCUGAAGUCCACGUACCAACACAUCCUCCGAGAGCGACUUCUCCCAACCAUUCAAGAACAGUUUGUUGAUGAAAAAUGCCAUUUCCAGCAUGAUGGAGCACCUUGCCAUGAGGCAUAAGUGAUGACAGCAUGCCAGGGCGGAUUGCAGAGGUCUUGAAAAAGAAGGUUCAACACUGCAAAUAUUUACUCUCUGCAUAAACAUAAUGGCAUUGUCAAUAAAAGCCUUUGACACUUAUGGAAUGCUUGUAAUUAUACUUCUGUAUACCAUAGUAACAUCUGACAAAAACAUCUAAAAACACUGAAGCAGCAAACUUUGUGAAGACCAAUACUUGUGUCAUUCUCAAAACUUUUGACCACGACUGUAUGCCAGUUAGGCUCUACACCGAUUUGUAAAGCGGAUGAAUAUGCUUAAUUUUAAGAAGUUCUUUGGCAACUAUAGCUAUGAUACAAAUCUUAUCAAAACAUAUAGGCUACAUUAGAUUUGAAAAAGUUGCCAAAAAAAGGCAUGCGCUGUGUUUGAUUAUAUUCUCUAAAACAUUUGCAUCGAUGUCAGAGUGAUUAGAGGGACAAUAGAGUGCUGAGUAACAGGCAGUUAGCAAGUUUGGUAGGCUACUAAUGACCAUCAGCAGCAUCAUAGCUUGUAGAAGCCUAGUUACCGUGACUAAAUGGUGACGUAGAAUGUGACUGCGGUCAUUAGUAGGUGUGGCAGUAACAUGGUCACCGCAACAGCCCUAGUCUGAAUUCCUCCCAUAAUGCACAGUACACUCACUUGCACACAUGCACAAACACACAAAGACACACACAAGUAAGGAUAAACAGUACAGUCCCUUUCCCACAUGAAUGUGCACGCACGCACACACACACGCACGCACACACACACACACGCACACACACACACACCCUCCUUCACUCCUCCCGUUCCCGUAAUAGAGAGUUGUUGUAAUCUCAGUCCUGCGUUGCCCUCCCUGGGGCCCUGUUGGCCUUUACUGUGCGUAGGGCCACCACUCCCCUCACAUUUUCAUUAGAACCCCCCCCCCCCCCACCGCCCACAGUAAGAGAGUGCCCCACCAACCUGAAACUCGAGCCCUUACACUACCACUCUCCCCUGGUUAUGAUGUAUGGCCCUAACCCAGGCCCUCUCCGCCUGUCCAUCAAGGCCUGCCAUUAAAACACCGGAAUGACCAACAUUUUUCUCUCCUCUUAUCCCCCACUCCAAUCCACCCCUCUGUUCUCUGUAACCUCCUGCCCCUUCACCCUCCACCCUCCACCCAGCACUCCUCCACUCUUCCCUCACCUCCCCACUCCAUAACACCCACCUCAAACACCACCAUCCAUUUACACGUGAAAAACAUUUUAUUCUGUACUUCCCAGAUCAUUUACUUUUCCCCCCUUCUUAUCUCCCUCUCCUUCCUCUUUCUCUCUUUUAUUUUUUAUUCCCUCUCUCUAUACAGGAAUUUUCCAUUUCCCUAUUAAAUAAAAAUUCAUCUGGAAUUACAUCUUAUGUCAUCAUUAUGUUUAUUAGGCGUGGAUGAUGUAUAUGAGGAGCUGUGGCGUGCCGCUGAGUGCUUAAUGAUGCAUAAGAUUAAGCCGAGCCUCUCAGCUGUGCUGAGACUCCCCUCUGCUUCUCAGGCUGCAGACAUAUGCGGGGGGAACAGGCUCCAAUGGCCAUCAGGUGAACCAGGCAGUGAGAAAGGGAGAGAUGGAGGGAGGGAGGCACAACUCUUUGUGUGGGAGAGAGGGAAGGGAAGA